AAGGACCUGGUUUCCUCCUCUUUGACUUGUUGACCGUACCGUUCGAUUUGACGACUCUUUGUCAUUCUUACUGCUGUCGAUAGUUAACAUGUCUUUCGACAGACUCCCUCCAGGGACCCAACGCAUUGAGGACAAGGCAGGAUCAAAGAUUCUGCUUGCACCUCAACCAAAUGCAGAUCCUAACCAGCCUUUGAACUGGUCGGCAUUCCGCAAGACGGUGCACAUGACAAUCCUAUGCCUGUACGCAUUGAUGGUCUUUGCGAUUCUCUGUGUCGCUGUUCCCCUUUGGCAAGACUUCAACGAAGAGCUUGGAAUGAGCUAUGCCGUUCUCAACGAUGGCUAUGCUACGAACAUGGCGACCUUGUCCGUUGGCUGCAUCAUCUUCGUCCCCAUUGCUCUUCGACUAGGCCGACGGCCAAUCUACCUCAUUACUGCGCUCGUUAUGCUUGCCGGCGCGAUCUGGCAAGCCAAGAUGUACACCGUGGGAGACAUGAUCGGCUCGAACGCUAUCACUGGUCUGGCUGGAGCUGUGAAUGAGGCCAUCUUUCAGGUCACUGUUGCCGACCUAUUCUAUGUCCACCAACGCGGUACGAUGAACGGAAUCUACCUUUCAGUAGUCAUCAUUGGCAACUAUCUUGGCCCAGUUGCUGCGGGCUACGUUGCCGUCAAUCAGAGCUGGAGAUGGGUGUUUUGGUAUUGCACCAUAUUCAUGUCGGCUGUGACGCUCAUCAUGGUUGUCUUCCUCGAGGAGAGCAAGUACACCCCAAAAGCUCUUGUUGGGCGGGAGAUCCUCGACUCUACCGACCAGGAAGCCGAUCUCACCAAAGUCGACAGCAUGACCAAGGAUGCCGCACCCUCGAUAUCAGUCGAUGCGUCCGAAGCUGCAACCAAUAACCGACGCCGCCUUGUCGAGAUCGAUUCGACGAUACCAAUGGACUCUUACUUGAGGCGCCAUCGUUUCUGGUCGACAGAGAAAGUCACCACGGCCGAGAGCAGGAGUCUGUGGAUGCAUUUGUACCAACCUUUCCAAAUCCUUUGCACCUUCCCGGCUGUCAUGUUCUGCGCGUUGCAGUAUGGCUUCCUGAUCGCGAUGCUCGCCGUCCUAGCCGUCACACAGGCUGAUCUCUAUCCUUUCCCUCCGUACAACUUCUCGCCGAUUGGAAUUGGCAAUUUGAACAUCGCUCCCGCGGUCGGCGCCAUUCUUGGUUCUAUUUUCGGUGGUCCUCUGAAUGAUUACUUCAUUCUGCAAGUCGCGAAGAGGAGGGGCGGCAUUUACGAACCUGAGACACGAUUGUGGUUGUUCUUGAUACCCGGAUUUUGCAUGCCGCUCGGCCUGUUCUUGUACGGGCUGACUAUCGCGAAGGGCAUGAGCUACUGGAUCAACAUUGUGGGGUCCGCAUUCAUUGGAGCAGCAAUCGGUGGGUGCGGUGAUAUCGCUCUGACUUACUGCCAGGACUGCUAUCAGUACAUCCUGGGCGAUGCUCUUACCAGCGUCGUUUUUGUGCGGAAUGUCAUCUCCACGGCUUUGGUGUUCGCCAUUACGCCUUGGAUAGAAGGCAUGGGGGUGUACAAUAUGUUCGUCCUGCUGGGCUGCUUGUCUAUCGCUAUCGCGUUGACUUGUGUGCCUUUGAUUAUCUGGGGUCGGGCAUGGCGGAUCAAGUUGGCGCCGAGAUAUGAACAUUUUGUCGCGAAGCAAUACUAGGCUGAAGGCAUUGCGUGGUCCUGGUCAACAGGGACCUAGGCAAGGGCUGUCGACGGGAGUGUAGCAGCAGACUACUUUCCUUAAUAUUGCCCUUCGAGAUUGAGCGAAAAGGUGCUCUUGCAGAGCACAUAAUUGGUCAUUUUCAGAGCAGGCUCGUGGUGAUGUGAAGCUGCAGCAUGAAUCAUGGACAGGACAGAUGGAUAGAUCCACCAGACGGAACCUGUGUGGACAAUCUCAACAGUACGAAAAUGAGAAUGGUGUCUUACUUCUCAAUAUCCUAUUGUAUAUUGGUGUCAUGCUUUCAAAGGUAUUGAGUAAGGAAGUGGUCGAGACCA